AACGUUAUAAAGGGGAUCUUAAGUCCGGUACGGUGCUUCUGAAUUGUAAACAUCAUCGUCACUUUUCAAGAGAUAACAAACUAAUUUAGUUAAGUAAAUAUAUUAUCCGCUCAACAAAAUAUUAAAAGAUCAUAAUAAUACUUCCACUAUAGUAUAAUUCAAAUGAAUUAAAUUUAAAUUGUAAGGUGCUAAUUAUUCGAAAAAAUAUUGUAUGAUGUGAAAUUCUUUCGAAUAUAAAUUAUGUGUAUGCUAUUAAAUAUGAUGAUCAUUAUAUUGGGGUAUGGCAACAUUGAGUUUGUGUUAUGAGAACAAAGUUGACAUAACCUUCAAAUGAAGUACGUAAAAUUUUAAUUUUGGCACAAAGAAACUGAUUUGGAGCAUUUGGCUUAAUCAUUGAGAUUGAAAAUCAUAACACUCCGAAAAUGGAUGCCGGAGGUGAUAGGGCUCUACACUCGUCUAAUGAGGCUGUGAUUAGAGAAGUAUAUGAUAGCGAAUUUGCACAUCAAACAUUUGCUAUGGAACUAGAAAGAGCACUAGAUGCUCGGUGCUGUGUUAUUGUAAUUGAGCCAACCCAAUUAGGGGAUGAGACUGCACGUUGGAUUAGUGUUGGAAAUUGUUUACAUAAAACAGCUGUAUUAACAGGACUUGGAGCAAUUAUUUCAGGUAUUAUAUGGCAAGAAAAUCCCAUAAUUUGUACACCAAUGGGUGUUAUCUCAGUUUUAAGUACUGGACUUUAUACAGCAUCAUGGCAAUUUGAUAAUUGUGUAAAAUACCAAGUGGAAAGAGAUCCGCGAAAAUUAGCUAGGUUACCAGUGCUAAGUGCUAUGUCUGCUGCAUCUCCAGUUGUAUUAGUGAGAAAAGAUGACACAAAACGUAAAAUCUUACAUUGGACAGUUUCGCUGUCAGCUGCAGCGAUUUGCACCUUCAGGUUAUACAAGUCGAUCAAGUAAAAAUUAAUAUCUUCCUAAAGAAAA